AUGUCUGUUCCAAAGACCUUCAAGGCGGCUGUAGUGCCGGAACCCGGUGCCCAGCACGUCACCAGUGAACGGUCGCUUGGCCCUCUACAGCCAAGUGAGGUCGCUAUCAAGAUCACAGCCACAGCCAUCAACCCGGUGGACUGGAAGAUUCGGGACUACAAGGUUUUCAUCAAGGACUACCCCGCUGUGCUAGGCUCCGAUGCGGCUGGCGAGAUUGCUGCUGUAGGGUCAGAGGUCUCGAAUUUCGCCGUGGGCGACAGAGUGUUCUUCCAGGGCAUCAUCGGCAACUAUGACGCCUCCACUUUCCAGCAAUACUGCAAGAUGCCCGCAGCGCUUGUGGCCAAAACCCCCAAGAACAUCAGUGAUGAUGAAGCUGGCGGUGUCAGUUUGGCAACCGUCGCCGUCGUCACCGGGUUCUACGACAAGUCUGGCAGUGGAUUGACCCCACCUUGGGAAAAGGGUGGCGAGGAAGCCGGCAAGGGCAAGGCAAUCGUCGUGCUGGGCGGAAGCUCGUCGGUGGGCCAGUACGCCAUCCAGUUCGCGAGACUCUCCGGUUUCUCGAAGAUUAUCACCAACUCCAGCGCCGCACACGCGGAGCACCUCAAGAGCCUGGGUGCCCACGUCGUGCUAGAUCGAUCCACCCAGUCAGAGCCGCAAGACUUCGCGUCCGCCAUUGGCGACCUGCCUCUUGCCUUCGUCUACGACGCCAUUUCUUCCAAGCCGACUCAUGUGCUGGGCGUCAAGAUCAUCCAGGCCACCAAGACUCAGAACACGCACAUUAUCGCGGUGCAGCAGUCGGCCGAUGCAGAGGUCCAGGAGCUCUGCCAGCAAGAGCCCAAGACGGCUGUUAAGCCCAUUAUGGGUAUGGGAAGCAGCCCUGCUCUCCGAUACCUCAGUGAACCCCUGAUGAAGCACUUGGGUGGCGAAGAUGGAUAUAUUGCCAAGGGUCUCUACAAGCCCAACCGUCCUCUCGUUAUCCCUGGUGGUCUUGAUGCUAUUGAGAAAGCCCUGGCAAAGAACAAGCAAGGUGUUUCCGGCGAGAAGGUCGUCUUCAAGCCGUCCGAGUAA